UGUGUUUUCUAUUGGGGUGAGCACAAACUGUCGUGGAAGUCUUGGGGUUUCAGUCUUGUUAGUUCAUUACUACGGAAAUUCGACGAAAAAAAUGGCGCUGAAUACUGCACAUCUCAAUGUCAUGUUUGGCAAGCAGCGAAAAAUUAGCGACUCUUCAGAGUUCAAGCAGCUAACAAAGCAAGAUGCUAAAAAUGAGCUGGCGAAGGAACUGGAGAAAGUACUCAACACCUCGCCUUCCACUUCUGAAAAACAGAAAACAAUGGAAGAAUUUAAAGCAUUUCAGAGAUUGUUUGCACAAUUUUUACAAGGUGGCACCACUGUGCAGUGGGAUAAAGUAGAACCUGUUCCAGAAGAAGCGGUAAUAAAAUAUGAAUCUCUAACCCCACCCGAGUCCAAAGACAUACGAAGUAUGCUGAGUAAACUUGUUGUUGUGAAGCUAAACGGAGGAUUAGGAACAACCAUGGGCUGCAUAGGUCCUAAAUCUGUUAUACCUGUUAGAAAUGAGCUUACAUUUCUUGACCUUACCGUCCAACAAAUAGAACAUUUGAACAAAACUUACGACACCGACGUACCUUUAGUUUUAAUGAAUUCCUUCAACACAGAUGAAGAAACGCAUAAAGUUUUGCCAAAAUACAGAGGACUUCGAAUCAAGAUUUAUUCUUUCAAUCAAAGCAGGUAUCCUAGGCUUAAUAAAGAAAGUUUGCUGCCAAUCGGUCGGAGUCUAAGAGAUCCUGAUCCAGAAUCAUGGUACCCACCUGGCCAUGGUGAUUUCUACGAGUCUUUCUUCAACUCUGGACUACUGGAGAUGUUCCUUAACACUGGUCGAGAAUACUGUUUUGUUUCAAACAUUGACAAUUUGGGUGCGACAGUUGACCUUAACAUUUUAAAAUCACUUGUACAUCCGACAAAAUCUCAAGGUCAUGAAUUUGUGAUGGAAUUGACAGAUAAAACGAAAAGUGAUGUAAAGGGUGGAACCUUGAUCCAAUAUGAAAACAAGAUUCGUCUACUAGAACUACCUCAAGUGCCAAAAGACAAGGUGGACGAAUUCAAAAGUGUUAACAAAUUCAAAAUUUUCAAUACAAACAACUUGUGGAUGAAAUUGAAGACAAUUGCCAGUUUGGUAGAAGAACAAAGAUUGAAUAUGGAAGUCAUCGUGAAUCCAAAGCAUUUAGACACUGGAAUAAAUGUCCUUCAGCUAGAAACUGCCGCUGGUGCUGCGAUGAAAGAUUUCGAAGGAGCACUUGGUAUCAACGUACCUCGCAGUCGCUUUUUGCCUGUAAAAAAGACUUCGGAUUUGCUGCUGGUGAUGAGCAACAUCUACAACAUGAGGAACGGUAGUUUGGCGAUGAGUCCACUGAGGCUAUUUCCAACAACUCCUCUGGUCAAACUGGGAGACAAGCACUUUCUGAAAGUUCGUGAUUUCUUAUCGAGGUUCGAUACCAUUCCAGACAUGUUAGAACUGGAUCACUUAACCGUUUCAGGGGACGUUACCUUCGGCCGUGGAGUUUCUUUAAAAGGAACUGUCAUCAUUAUUGCGAAUCAUGGCGAUCGAAUCGACAUUCCAAAUGGUGCGUGUCUGGAGAAUAAAAUUGUAUCCGGCAACCUUCGCAUUCUUACUCACUGAAAAGAAAUAAACUCAGUAAUAAGAUUCACAUAAAUGUAUUAAUAAGUCGAAUGAUGAAAGUUAUUGGAGUACCCAUCAUUCAGUCGACAUGAUAUCAAAGUCUUAUCUUAAUGUUGAGAGUUUAUAUUUACCAUUUUGUAAAUGAAAUUUGAAAGCAAUAAACACAUAUUUUUUGUUA